AUGGCAACAGUGAAGAAAGUCAUGAUAAGUACAUUGCCUGAAAUCAAAUUUAUACACAAGUUUGUUACCUUUCCAGCAUUACUUAAAUCUGUUAGAGGAGUAUCUUUGGCUCCUGUUCAUCAAAUGCAACAAUAUUAUAGAGUAGGAGUUCUUGAUAAUUGUUAUGGAAAAUGGAAUGCUAUUUGGGAUUGUUUGUACUUGAAAACCGAGUCCUCUUCUCAACUCCAGGAAAUUCUGGAAGCUCGUGAGAAAGCUAAGUCCCACAUUUGGACUUUUCGGACGCAUGAACAAGCACAGUCUUACUGGCAGCAGGAAUUCGGACAUUUAGAUGAUAAGGAUUGACAAAUGCGGAAAUGAUUUAGAGCUUUCUUUGGAAUUCUUUUAGCAGUAUUACAUCUUCAUUGCUCCAUUUCAAAUUUUGUGUAAUAGGUCUGAAAUAAACUGUUAUUAAGCCUGCAC